GUGCUUUUUAUUCCUGGACUUUCUUGAAUUUUCCAAAAGAAAUACAUUAAAUUCGCAAAAAAAAAAAAAAAAAAAAACCUCUAGGCCUAUAAUGGUAUAACUUAUUGCUCCUGGAUGCCGGGAUGUAUUUUCUUAUAGUGGGUAUCAUGCGGUACUGCUUUACCUAUAGUGUUGUCAUAUUUUUAAACUUUUGACCCCCGCCCCCGUGCCACCUUUUUAUCUGAGCUGCUCACCCUCGUCUGUUUAUUCACAUGUGUGGCGUCACUGUGCUUUCUGUUAUGACGCUUUGCCCUGUUAAGAAUGACAUUUCCACAACAGGAGAGGGAGGGCAACGGUGAUCCGGCCCAGAGCUCGCGCCGCGCUCAACACAGCUCGUGCGAUCGCCUGUCUCACUGCUUUUCCUCUCCCGCGUGCUUCACGCGACCAAGUGUUUCGUUUGCACCGAAAGUAAUAGGUUAUGGAAAGUCUAAAGGACGGGUUGAUGAGGACCGAGGGUGGUCACACUGACACAUAUCUGGGCUCGAAUUUCUCCGAAGUUGCUGACGAGCAACAAGACAAGGCGGCUCGGCGAAUCUGCACCACCCCGGACUGUUUCCCGUAUUCACGAGACCGAGUACACGAGACGAGGGCGGAAGAGCUGAGCGGCACUUUUAAGGAAAUGAGACACACAAGUAAGCCGUGUGCGCAGGACCAAGAGCUCUCAGAUCUUCCCAAGAAAGAAGCAAGCAGCUCCGACGCAGAAUCAGACUUCUAUGACGGGACUGAUGCGAGCUGCACCCCUGAACGCAUGGAUGCCCAAGGACGGGAGUCUCCGAGUCGCAGCACCGAGAGCGCAGUGGAUGCUGGGAAGGUGAACACAUGCCCCGGGGGUCUUCCGUACGGAUCGGAUCAGAUGCGACGCUACCGCACAGCUUUCACGAGGGAGCAGAUAGCUCGACUUGAGAAGGAGUUUUACAGGGAGAAUUACGUGUCCCGUCCACGCAGAUGUGAACUGGCGGCCGCCCUAAAUCUGCCGGAAACCACCAUUAAGGUCUGGUUCCAGAACCGGCGUAUGAAGGACAAGAGGCAGCGGCUGGCGAUGACUUGGCCUCACCCAGCCGACCCCGCCUUUUACAGCUACAUGGUGAGCCACGCGGGCAACCUGCCAUACUCGUUUUCUUCCCAUCUCCCUGUGGCCUACUACUCUCCUCUGAGUGGCCUGGCAGGGGGUUCAGCUGCCGCAGCUGCAGCGCCUGCGUUCGCUAACCCUUUGCGCUCAUUGGACACUUUCAGGCUCCUUUCUCAUCCUUAUCCGCGUCCCGAGCUGCUUUGCGCGUUCCGACACCCGUCGGUGUACGCAAGCGCGGGUCACGUCUUCGGUCCCGGCGGGAGCGCUUGCUCGUGCCUCGCUUGUCAAUCAAACGGGACUGCGCAGAGGUCGCCGACAAACGCAGAGGUCACGUGCUCGCCCACUAGCAGAGAUGAUGCUUUCCUUAUGUUCUCGCCGGCCUUUCUCAACAAGUCGCCGUCCGCUUCUGUUGACCAGAGGGAGCAAGUACCCUUGACCAGAUAA